AUGACCGCCACGUCUUCCCUCAGGGCUGAUCUUUACAAUGCCUCUGCCAUUCCGACCAAUAAAUCCUUGCCAGAUGGUUCAGUCGGUCUAUGGCAGCCCACGGUUGUGACUCUCAUCUCGGGCAAGUCUGAAGCCGUCCUCGUUGACACUCUCUUCACCUCUGAGCAAGGCGUCUCCCUCGGCGACUGGAUCCAGGACACGCUAAACGGCAAGAAACUGUCAACCAUCUAUAUCACCCAUGGCCAUGGUGACCACUGGUUCAAUCUCCAUUAUCUGGUCAAGCGAUUUCCAGGGGUUGAGGUCGUUUCAACUCAGGAAUCGAUUGACCACAUGUCGACUCAGCUGACGCCCGAAUACCGCGCUGUGUGGCACGACCUCUUCCCAGGACAGAUCAAUGAAGAGUCUUUUGAGAUUGUGGCGAAACCUUUGAAGGAUAACAAAUUCACACUCGAGGGUCACACCUUUGAGGCGGUCCACGCUGGUCACUCUGACACGGACGCAACGACGUUUCUUUACGUUCCUUCGCUAAACUUGACGGUCGCUGGUGACAUUGUCUACAACGAUGUACACAUGUGGAUGGCCGAGUCUCCGUCUGAGAAACAUCGAGAUGCCUGGAUCGAGUGUCUCGACAAGUUGGAACCUUACAACCCCGCCAUCGUCAUUGGCUCUCAUCACCGCCCUGGUGGCGUUGAUGGAGCCUUCAACAUAGGUGCUUCGAGGGAGUACAUAAAAACAUUUAGCAGACUUGUGAAGGAGUCCAAAUCGGCCAAACAGUUGUACGACAGCAUGCUUCACGCUUACCCGGACCGGAUUGGGAAACUUGUCUUGUGGUUGGGCUGCCAGGCCCAGUUCCCUUGA